AUGCAGUCGACAAAGGCGAAGGCCGAGGCUCUUGGGCGGAAGGCGAAGCUUGCGCAAUCAUACCAAGAGCUUCUUGACGAAUUCUCGAACAAGGAUCUCAAGUCCGUCGGAAACUACACUCUUGGAAGGCUGAUUGGCAAGGGCUCGUUUGGCAAGGUCUACCUCGCGACACACAAACUCACGAAUGGUUCCAAGGUCGUUCUUAAAUCGGCCAACAAGGGCGACUCAAACCUUGCCCGAGAGAUCCACCACCACCGACAGUUCGUUCACCCGCACAUAGCGCGUCUCUACGAGGUCAUCGUGACCGAGACAUUGGUUUGGCUGGUUUUGGAAUACUGCCCAGGUGACGAAUUGUACAACUACCUUCUCAAGCAUGGCAAGCUUCCCGUCGAAAAGGUCCAGAAAACUUUCACGCAGCUGGUCGGCGCCGUUUGCUACGUCCACCAGCAAUCCUGCGUCCACCGCGAUCUCAAACUCGAGAACAUCCUCCUCGACAAGCACGAGAAUGUGAAGCUCUGCGACUUCGGGUUCACACGAGAAUACGAAGGCAAGGCCAACUAUCUGCAAACAUUCUGUGGGACAAUAUGUUACUCGGCGCCAGAGAUGCUCAAGGGCGAGAAAUAUGCCGGCGAGAAGGUGGACGUAUGGAGUUUAGGCGUUAUCCUCUAUGCGCUGCUUUGCGGAGAGUUACCCUUUGAUGACGAUGACGACAACGUCACAAGGAACAAGAUUCUGACCCAGGAGCCAAAUUACCCCGACCAUAUACCCGCCGACGCCCUGUCCCUCUUGAAGGCCUUGCUUUCGAAGCGCCCUCUCCUCCGACCGACGCUGCCCGAGAUUUUAGCCCACCCGUUCCUCGCCGAGCACGCACCACAGCAACAGGAAAUCCUCAAAGUUGUGCGCCCAGAGCCCUUCACGACGCACCUAGAGAAGGAGACGCUGCACCGAAUGCGAAGCGCUGGGGUAGACAUCGACUCGGUUAUCGAGAGCGUAGUUGCCCAGAGAUGCGACGCUCUCGCGGGCUGGUGGGCUCUCUUGAUCGAAAAAGAGGAGCGGAAGCAAAGGAGGAGAGAACGGAAGCGCAAGGAGAGGGAGGCGGAGAACAGGACAUCGCGCCGGUUCUCGCAGGCCUCUAGCCGCCUCAACGCCUUGGCAACUGUGGAGGAAGGAAACUUCGUUAAACUGUCUGAACCACCACCGCCGAGGACACGCGGCAGGAGCCAAAGGAGAAGUGGCCAUUAUCCCGGGUUGGAGAUCCCGGAUAUGCCCGAUCUCUCUGACUUCUCUAAACUUGCGAAUGGGAAUUUGAGCCCGGAUAGCGAAGUGCCACCUCCGCCUAUCGACAAGGACUCCAUCAGAUCUGUAAGCACCUCGAGAAACCGCAAGCCGAUACCUCCACCGAAGGAGGGGAUUCUGCGGAGCGCCCGGUCGCGAGGCUCAACACUCCACUUGGUCACGACAAGCGAUGCCUUGGAAACGGGUAACUCCUCCCAAGCUGAGGACCUAAAGAAAGUCAAGAAGCGGCCGUCGCACGCAAUUAUCGCGACCUGGAAAAACUGGACGCACUGGCUGUUUGAGAACACCAGGCGGCACAAGCAUUCGAACAAACGCGGUAGCCAGUCGACCCCUAACCUUUUGGCCAAACCGGGAAGCGGAAAGGAUGGGAAAUCGAAGGAAAACAGCCCGCGACCACAAACGAGCAAGUACCCAGCGAGCGGCUCGGUAUCGGCCCCGCAGACCGUUAGUCUGCCGAAAGGGGUCGUAGCUAACGGUUACGCGGCAAGACGACCAUCAAAUGCGGAGGCUUCUUCUCACCCACCCGUCUCUCCCGGGUUGACCACACCGCCCAUUCCCGGCCAUGCGCCCCGUCUGCACACUUCGGGCUCUUACAACAAGCGCCACUCCCUCUCCCCCUCCCCCUUAACUCCCCGUUCAACGGUCCGGCGAUCAUCCGGCCCGACCGGGCUGCGAGGACGCAAGUCUACCUCAUCGUCUGUCUCCUCGGUCCGCUCCCUCCACCAUACCCAUCAUCACAGCCACAGCAAAGCCAGCUCGACUUCCUCCACAAACUCCGUCUCGACAUCCGUCUCCAAGACCCCUAUGCAAACCCGUAGUCCGCACCACUCGGUCAAAGUCCUCCCCGCCACGCCCACGGCCGCCGGCGGCUUCCCCGGCUUUCCUAGCAACAUCCGCCUGGUCCGUGACCGUGCCGGCCCGCCUCUAAGUAUCUUCAACGAAGGCCUACCCAGUUCCCGUGCAGCUGCAGGCGCCAGCUCAUCGGGUCCCACACCGGGAAGUCCCAACCCUUUUAGCGGCGGCGGGGUCAUGUUUGCGAAACGGAAGAGGAAUAUCUUUAAGGGGCCUAUGCUCAGCCUGGCGGGAAAUCAUCACGGUCGAGAUAGCAGGAGCGGCUCGGGGUCCGGGUCGGCGAGCCACUCGCGGAGUGCGAGCGCCAGUGGCUUGGGCAGGCGGAGCGGCGAGAUGGCGAUUCAGGAAGUGGACGAAGAUGCGGAGGAGGAUGAAGGCUCGGAGGCACAAGGGGGUGGCGGAGGGACCGGGUUCAGCGGGAUGGAAGAUGACGGGGUCGAGGAGGUGGAUGUGUUCAGUCCCAUUGUCAAGGGGCCGGGGGAGGUUGUCGAGGAGAUUUAUGAGGAUGGCGAGGAUGUCACCGAGGAGGAGGGGCAUGAAGAAAAGCUGGGGGCGACCGGGGGGUUGCAGCCCGCGGCGACUAUAACGCCAACUGGUUGA